AUGCGCGACUUGCUCGAUUUGUGCCGCGUGUGCAACAUUCCGGGUGUUGCUGUCCUGCUGGACUCGGAAAAGGCAUUCGACAGAGUCGAUCACCAAUUCUUAUUCCAAGCACUCCGCAAGUACGGCGUCAGUGAGAGUUUCAUCAGUUGGAUGGAACUGCUCAACACUGGCUGCCAAUCCCGCGUUGUGUACAACUGCACCAUCUCGCUUCCAUUCCCGAUCAAACGAUCUGUGCGUCAAGGGAGCGUCGAAGCGCCGUUCUUGUAUGCCAUCUACGCCGGCGUCAUCUCCGACUAUGUCAUCCACAAACUGCGCGACAAGAUGCUCUCUCUGGCCCUGAGGUCUGGUCCUCAAAUCGUGGAACCCAGCUUGUUUGCUGACGACACAUCGAUCUUCCUGUCGGAUCCCAACCACAUCCAUGCCCUGUUUGAAGUCUACGCAACAGUUGGCAGGGCUACCAACCUCAAGAUCAACGAGGCCAAAACCUCCGUCCUGCGUCUCGGCCCCCUUCGGGAUGCCGAUCCGCCGGACGGCUUGGCUCAUCUCCAAUGGGUGCCUCCUGACGGCACCACUCGAGUCCUUGGCGUGCAACUUGGCUACGGCGAUCUUGCCAAAGCCAACUUCGAGCCCCUGCGAGCCAAGGUCGCGCGUGCGCUGGGUCGUUGGUCGCGCCACAGUCUCUCGAUCGCUGGCAGGGUCCUGAUUGCCAACGCGAUCGGACUCUCCCGCGUCUGGUACCACUGUCGCUGCAUCCACAUGCCCAACACGUACUCCAAGGCACUGUCCGACACUGUCUACAAUUAUCUCUGGAAAGGCCGAUUCUCCCCGGUCGCCAGGAAGGUUGUGACCGCUCCUCCCAAAACGAUCGUGUUUGGGCUUGGACUCAUCGAUCUCCCCACCAACAUUGCAGCGACGGCUGCCCAAGCGCUAAUCAACUUCCUGUCGCCUGUCCCCAGCUUCUGGAAGUUGGUUGUCAACCACCUCGCCGAAGUGGCUGACAGACCAGCUCGGCUCUCCGACUAUCCUGUCGCCGAGUACACGGCCAUGCAGCGGCUAGUCGCCAAAUUCCCAUUUAGACUUUCGCUCUCGGUGUUCUGGCACCAUGCCUUCAGGGCGUGGCGCAGGCUGCUCCCUUUCUCUGAGCCUCCUCGCUCGAAGAACGAACUGCUCGCCACUCCCCUCUGGCGCAACCCCAUGCUUGACAAGAUCGACUUCAGGAUGCUACGGAAACACGGCAUCUCGUACCUCCAUCAUCUCCACUCUGGCAAGAAAUGGCAGUCGGCCCGCGAUCUCCGCGAGUUCUGCGACUCCCGUCUGCCACAGGUCGAAGCCAGACUCCAAGUGAUCCGCUCUAAAGUCUCGCACAUCGACCCGUCCAAACUGCGGAUCGCCCCUGUGCGCUUCCGCGAGAACGAUUGGGUUGUUGACUCGUGGGGCUUCCUCCGCAGAAUCUUGGAAACUCCGGCCGCCGACGCCUUGUCUGUGCGCGUGAAGCCCUACGUGUUCCGCCUCCACGUGGUAUCGGAUUGGACCUCUCCGUCUGCCAAGUCCCACACCAAGCCAAGCGACCUGCUGAUGCAGCUCGCUGAAGCCUAUCCUCCACCAAAACGCCCUGAGGUCGAAGGAUUCUUCUUUGGCUCUCUUAUGCGUCUCGACGUUGACCCAUCCCGGCUGCAGCUGCGUGGCGCUCCCGAGAACAUGUAUCGCUCGCUCUGCAUCGACAAAGACCUAGACGACCUUCGCCGCACCGCAAAUCGCUCCAGGAGGACGAUGCUCGAAAGCCGCCAUCCCUCUGAAAUUGAGAAUGCCCGCUACUGGCUGGCACUCUACCCCAAACACAUCGAGGAGUGCAAAAAGCGCGUGCACAUCGUGCGAUGCACCUCAUCUGACGCAUCGCUGCGCAAUCUUCGCCACAUGCUCACGCCCGCCCCGGUCAAACCAACUGCCCUGGUCGAGUGGGAGCAAAUCCUAGGACCCGUGCACUGGUCCAAACUGCGCCGCAACAUGAUGACCAAUCUUGUCCCGCGCAACCGUGCCGGCCUCAUCUGGCGCAUCGCUCACAACACCGAGUACCUGGGUGAGAUUCGUCUGCUGUCUCGUCGCGACAAGCUCACCAACGAACAACUCCGCGAGGAGUCACACAGUGGCGCGUUCGCCUGCGUCCACUGCUUCCGACUUCAUGGCACCCGUGCCCCUCUCGAAAACUGGCUGCACAUGAUUGUCCACUGCCCCCUGGCUGUGGCGGUCUGGCGCGAGGCCGAAACGCUGUUCAGCCACGCGCAAGGCCCCUGGUUCCCUAGACAGCGUUCGCAAUGGCUCUUUGGCCCUAUCAAGAACAAACGCUACCACGCCUUGAUGAAAGACGAAGCACUCGCUUGUCUCACCAUCGUCAUGCACACUGCCCGUUGGACUCUCUGGACGCUGCGCUGCACUGCCAAGUUCGACAACACAGUGUUCACCCCCGCCGACGCGGUCCUCCGCUUUCGGUACCUCAUCACACUGGCAGCGCGCCUCGAGCACUCUACCAUACCCCUCCCCAAUCCCUGGAGGACUGACGACGACGGCGACGACUUUGGCGCCGCCCCUCUCCAUACUGAUGAGCAAGAGCAUCCCCCCUUCGAAAGCAGGUGGGGAAAGGCUUUUGAAAUCCGGUACAAUGAACGUCUUUCCACACAACUGUUUGCCCUCGCGUACACCUAG